AUGAAGAUCGAGGCAUCCGAGCUCAGGCAGCUGAGUGUUGAGCAGCUCGAGGAGAAGGCCAGGGAGAUCAAGGCCGACCUGGCAGCCCUCCGCCAGAAGAAGAACAGUGGAGAUGUCGGAGAGGACGACAUCAAGACAACCAGGAAGAAUCUGGCUCGUCUGCUCACCAUCCGCCGCGAGAAGAUUCUUGAGAAGCUGGUCGACGAGUACAAGGGGAUUCCUGUCCACAAGCUCCCAAACAUCCUCAGGCCCAGGCUCAACAGGGCAAAGAGACAGGCCCUCACAAAGCACCAGCUCAGGAGGAAAACAGCAAGACAGAGAGCCAAAGAGCGUAAAUUCCCGAAAGUCAUAUUUGCCUAUAAUGAAUAA